UCCUACAGACCAAAUCACCAUGAGUUGGGGGGCCGAGAUCUCCACCCUCACCUGGGCGCCCCCCCUCCCCUGAUCUCCCCCAAACCUCCCCAGCUCCCCCCGCCCCCUCCCACCACCCUGUGGAACCCAGCCGCCCUCAUCGACACAGCCUCGGACUCCCGCCGAGGGCACGACCCCCCUGGGAUGGGCCUGUACGACCUGAGCCGCCCCCCCCCAGGCCCCCUCAAGCUGGAGGAGGGCGGGCGGAGGGCCAGGGGGGAGAGGGACGGGGCCCCAGGGGAGAAGUACCCCCCUGUCAGGGGUCCCCCUGGCCUGCAGGAACCCAGCACCUUCCUGGCUGAGCUGGAGAAGUCCACCCAUUCCUUCUUCAGCCAGCAGAGGGCGUCUCUGUCCCUGCCCAGCCAGUACGGAGAGCUGGGUGGGGGCCAGAGGAGCAGUGGGGCAGUGAAGGGGCUCCAGGGGCCAGGCAGACACAGCCAGGGGCCAGGCCCGGGGAUGGGGCCGGUGGCCAGCCAGGGGCCAGAACCCACGCUCAUCUAUGAUGACUUCCUCCAGCAGCAUCGCAGGCCCGUCAGCAAGCUGGACCUGGAGGAGAGGAGGAGGAGGGAGGCUCGGGAGAAAGGGUACUACUAUGAGCUGGACGACUCAUACGAUGAGAGUGACGAGGAGGAGGUGAGAGCUCACCUUAGGAGAGUUGCGGAGCAACCGCCCCUGAAACUGGACGACUCCUCGGAGAAGGUGGACUUCCUGGGUGUGUUUGGCCUGACUACGGUGGCCCGGAAGGACCAGCUGCUGCAGCAGAAGAGGAGGAAGAGGAGACGCAUGCUGAGAGAGAGAAGCCCCUCCCCCUCGGCCGUGCAGGCCAAGCGCUCGGCCCAGGCUCCGCCCCCUCUCAGCACGCGCUUCACUCCCGAGGAGAUGAACCGCGCCCCCGAACUGGAGGACAAGAAACGCUUCCUGAACAUGUUCAGCCUCUCUCACGUCACCCUGCAGCAGAGGAGAGAUAAUGAGAGAGUGGUGGAGCUGCUCCAGGCUAUUAAACAGAAGAGCGUAACCUUGGACACCAUCAGACACGCCCCCCACCCCCUGUGUAAGAGCCCUCCAGCACAGAACUCUGAUCCCGCCCCGGCCCAUUCCUCCAGCGAAUCAGACGACCCGCUCAGUGCCAGGCCUCCCAGCCCCUCCCACCCCCGCACCGCCUCUCCCGGUGGCCCCCUGGGCCACCCCAAGCCCCCCGCCGACCCACCAAGACCAAAGGACCCCCCGGGGCCCCCCCUCCAGGACAAAACCCGGCCUCCCUCCGACGGCCCCCACCCCAAGAGGAGCGCCAGCCUGCUCAACAGCCUGCGGCCCCCCCUGCAGCCCCCCCUGCAGCCCAAGGACGGCCCCCCCGCCCUGAACGGCCGGGCCAAGCCCUGGGACAGCUUCACGCCCGAGGAGUUCGCCCAGCAGUUUCAUGAGUCGGUGCUGCAGUCUACCCAGAAGGCCUUGCAGAAGCACAAAGGUGGCUCCACGGUGACCUCAGAGCCCUCCCACCUGCAGGAUUCCUCGUCCGUGCACUACAACAUUCCAGAGCUGCAGAGCGGCCGGCCGCACGUGCACUCCCACGUGCACGCUCACGUGCACUCUCACGCGCACGCUCCACCGGGACGGCCCCGGCAACAGGAGGAGCUGUCUGCACCUGACGACUCGGAAGAGGAGGAGGAGGAGGAGGAGGAGGAGGAGGCAUCAGCUCCCAGAUGGCAGGGGAUCGAAGCCAUAUUCGAAGCUUAUCAGGAAUACAUAGAAGAUCAAGGUGUGGAGAGGCAGGUGUUGCAGAGUCAGUGUCGGAGGCUGGAGGCUCAGCACUACAACCUCAGCCUGACUGCGGAGCAGCUGUCUCACACCAUGGGGGAGCUGAUGUCCCAGAGACAGAAGCUGGCAGUGGAGAGGGAGAAGCUGCAGGCGGAGCUGGAGCACUUCAGGAAGUGUCUGACGCUGCCGCAGACACACUGGCCCAGGGGGGGCCACUACAAGGGCUACCCCCCCAGGUGACCCCCCCAGGUGACCCCCCCAGGUGACCCCCCCCCACACGCCUGCCCUCCCCCACUUCACUCUCCCUGCCCGCUCACUGGCCUGAACAGACACACAGAACUUAAUCUUCAUGGCCCAGCCCAAGACUGCUUCAUAGAAGGGAGGAUGGAGGGAGGGAGGGAGGGAUGGAGGGAGGGAGGGCUGGAGGACUGACCAGGACCUGGGGCAUCGAGGGGCGUGGCUACUAGCCAGCGGCCCGUGGUGACCCUGCCAAUGUCUGGGUUCAGAGGAAGCAAUGAGCAAGAGAUCAUUCUGGACAAAGCUCAAAGACGGCACACACACACACCCCCCACACACACACACAUACACCCCCCACACACACACACACAUACACCCCCCACACCCCCCCCCCUACACACACACCCCCCACACACACACACACACACCCCACACACACACACAUACACCCCCCACACACACCCACACACACACCCCACACAAACACACACACAUACACCC